UUUGAAGAGCUGGCAAAUAAAAGGUCUACACCCUUAGGGGCGAAACGUCAUGUUUCGCAUGCAAUUCUUUGCGUCAGCUAUUAACCCUCAAGAUUUUGGGUGCACUCAAUCUGCCGACUAGGAGCAAAAAUAUUGCUCCUGAUCCAUACGUCAAGAUUGUAAUCCUUCCCGAAAGACAGAUCAAAUGCAUAACUAAGACGCUCAAGUCCAACUGCAAUCCACUCUUCAAUCAAGUGUUCGAACUGGACAUGUCCGGUUCGCCUUUGAAUAAAACUGACAUUUUGCUGAUGGUCCGUGACCGCCCAGAAACGUCCUGCUACGAAAGGUGUGUUUCACGCUCAGUGAGCCUAGGUCAGGCAAUUUUCAGCAUGGCUGACUUCAAUGGAGUGAAUCACCAGCGCCAAGUGAGGUGGUGUCUACUGGAGAAUACACAAGCUAUUUCACCUCAUGCAGACAUUGUGAAUGCGGAAUCAGUGCCCAAGGCCGAAAUGCAAAUUUCACUUUUGUAUCGAGUUUGGUCGGAUGAGACAAAACUUAUUAACCACGGACGGAUUAUAUUGGAACUGUUGCAAAUUCGUCCAACAUCGUUCAUUCCAAACAACCAAGACAAAGAGAAAGUUACGAUUAAGGUAUUGCUGUACGAACGUGGAUAUUUGACGUCUUCGCGAAGGACUAACAGCAUCCGGAGGGACGAGGCCACGGCCGCGUUAUGCCAGAAGUUUGUCUUCGCCCUUCAGCCUAAAAUGCUGCAUGAGGCUUCCUGCCAAAUCGUCCUUGUCACCAAAUCCGCAAUAGGAACAAAGAGAACAUUGGGACGCAUCACCUUGGGUCAUCGUCAUUUCUUUUCUACCUGGGCAAGUAGUACAGCCCUUACAACUGGGAUUGAUCACUGGCACGACAUGGCACACCGACCCGGAGUUUCAGUGGAACGCUGGCAUUCGAUAAUAUAACGAUGGAAAUACGAAGCUACUACGCAAACUGUAUCAUUCAGAUACGGGAAAUGGAACUUCAUCCUAACAAGCUGCUUAGGAAACGAUUGCAAAGCUACAAGUUAUUUAUGAAGGGCAGCGUAGUGCUGAAUUCCUUUUUUUUUUUCUCUUUUUCUGUUAUUAUGUUUGACAAUACUUGAAUCUUUCAGUUUUUCGCGAAAAGCAUGCGCACGUAUCACAGUUUUACAGCAGGGACGAAGAGGGACCUAUUGAGUAGUUGGUAGCGUUUGUAAGAAGCCAGAUAAACCGUUACACGUUUUCGCAUGUAGGCUACUGCGCAAUUGAAGCAGGAAAUCGGCUUCAAAUGACUCGAUUCCUCAGAUUCUUUUAGCUUCUUAUUAUUGAUUCUCUUCGUUAACUUGAUGUAUUAUACGGAGUUAGUUGUCACAUGGCGAGUCAAAUAUAAUGUUUUUAAAAAUCUA